GAUUUCCUUGGGCCCAGUGCUGCAGGAGCAGCGGCCAUCCCGCUCUCCAUCUUGGAUGCAGGAGCUUCUCCAUGCACUCAGUCUUCAUUCCAGGACUGCUGCCCUGAGGAAGGGUUGUGGCUUUAGUCUCUAGUCACUAGUGCAAAGCUGUGCUGUGACCAACAUACAAGCAGGCAGAUACCAGAGUUAAGAGUCAUGUAGGAGGAAGAAAAACUGGCAGAAGAUCUAGAUAUGAAGAUUGCCUAGUUCUGUGAGUGAAGACAGAACUUGCAUUCCUGAGUUCAGGAAGAAUCUCAGAAGAACCAGUAAUACAGUACCUGUUUGGAAGUCUUGCAGCUGAGAGAGCACAUCUGAUGAACACAACAAAGACAUACACGGUCUUCAGAACCCAGACAAGCAAUUGAUGUGUGGUGUGAUUGAAAUGAAGGAUUGAAAGGAGACGUAGACAGUGGAUGUAAUAUGUCAGACUUCUGAAUAUAGUGAUUACAGCAAGAGCAAAGCCUGAUGGCAGAAGUUGGUUCAGUCUGGCUGGAGAAAUGUUUAACAAGAUUCUGGGGCUGGUGACUGAGUUUUCACAAAUUCAAGCUGGGAAAAAGAAGUCAAAUAUUGCUAUGAAAAAAUUCAAACUUGCUUGCUGAAGAAAGACCACAAUGUGCUGCGCUGUAUGUAUAGUAUUCGAGGACACACCUUCUUUUUAUCUGAGCUAAGGCAUUAAGUAAACAGAAAGCAGUAAACUCAGCCAGAGCUGCACAAAGCUGUAUUCAGAAGGAAGCUCCAGAGACAGAAAAUGUUGUAGAGGGGUUAAAAAAAGAGCUCAGAAUUAAAGCCAGAUAUCCAGGAUUAAUUCCUAUUAUCUGGGAAAUAUUAUGUGUAACUAUCCAUGUAAAGGAGAUACACAAAUCACAUAAGAAGCAUCACUCAGAGGCAUGGGAAAUCUCCACUGAGGCUGUCUGAUUGGUUUCCCUUAGGUGAUUUUCAUCAGUGGAAACAUUGCAUUACACAGAACUCUGUACUGGGGUCUCGCAUCUGAAAAUAUCUUCUGAAGAAGGCUUUGGACUUCACCUUAAGCUUUAAAAGACAAGGGAGGAGUAUUUGCUCAUAAGCAGUUCAUUGUUCUGAAAAAAAGGAGGAAUUUUGGAAGACUUCAAAAUGGACAUAUUAUUUAUUUGUUUGGUUUAACAGUAUAAUUGUGAAAGAUUUCCACUUUAGAGACCACAUCACUUUCCUUCCUCUGUGAAUAACAUGAACCAGAAGGUGUUAGUUUUCCUUCUCCCAAAUUUUGUAUUUGGGAUAUUUCUUUUUGGGUUUUUCUGUAGGAGACAAAAAAACCUAACAGAUGCUUUUCCCAAUCCUACUGAAAAUUGGCUGGCAAUUCAAAACGGUCGGAAAAACACACUGGCUUCUGUCUGCCUGAAGAAUAACCUUAAUAAACCAAGAAGCAAAUUGGAUUCUCAUGUUGCAAACCAGCUCUUUGUGGAGCACAAGCAUAAAUUUAUCUACUGUGAGGUGCCUAAGGUAGGCUGCUCCAACUGGAAGAGAACUAUUUUUCUUCUUCAAUCAGACUUGAAUGCAGAAGCUUCUGAAAUUGAGCAUGACAACAUCCACCAUACCUCACUAAUCAAAAGGUUGGUGUCUUACCCUCCUGCUUUACAAAAGGAAUUUCUAAGCAAUUACACCAAAGUGAUGUUCACCAGACAUCCCUUGGAACGGCUGGUUUCAGCUUACAGAGACAAACUCCUGCACUCUGAACCAUUCUACAGUACCACUAUUGCUAAUGAGAUUAGGGCAAUGUUCAGGAAAAAUAAAAAUUCUCCUGAAAAAGUGAGUUUCCAGGAGUUUGUCAACUUCAUUAUAGCAAAACCACCACAUACUCUUGACAUUCACUGGAAACCAAUGUUUCUGCUCUGCGAUCCUUGCAACAUUCACUAUGAUAUUGUGGGUAAGUAUGAAAGUCUUGGGUUGGACUCCGAGCAUGUUCUGAAGGUCAUUGGUGCACCAGAGAGCCUGCAAUACCCCAGCUUGAAGCGGUACGGCUCAGAGAAACGAACUGAUGGUGAUAUCACCUUAGAGUACCUCAGGCAACUGACCUCAGAACAAAUUGAGAAGAUUAAAAAAUUGUACGAAAUGGAUUUUUUUUUGUUCAACUACACUAUGAAAUAUGAGGAUUAUUUUUCCCUGAAUGACUAAUGUAGGUUAAACAAAGAACAGUUUCCUUUGUACAAAAUAGGUGGAACUUGUCCUCACAGGUGCUUGAUAGCUGGGCUGGUGACUGCUGCUGAGGUUAUCCUGGAGUUUGUAGAUAUGGUUUAUCAUUCUAAGGACUCUUAUAAAAAAUCCCUGCCAUGAUCUCUUGUACCAUGCAGACCUUUACCUAUUAAAGUUAUUGUCUUCCUAUUGA